GUGCGCGGGGCGGGCGGGCCCUGAGGGGCUCGGGGCGGCUCCGGGGUGACCGAGGUGUCCCCCCGAGCUCGGCAGCUCUCAGCCGGGUCCAAAGGGUGACCUUUGGGUCCAUCCCGCGGCCCGUCCUCUCAGCCACCCGGCCCGAUGUUGUUUGUGAGUGGGAGCUGCCUCUGCUGGGACCCGCGGGGUUUGGGGUGCCCUGGAAGCUUCUUUCGCUGGGAGCGCGCAGUGUGUGUGUGUGUGUGUGUGUGUGUUCCUGGAGACACUGCACCUGCCGCCUGAAUAGCACUAGGUUUGUGCUGUGGUGCCUUAGCAAUCAGGGCAGCCCUCAGAUUUGGAGCAAGGCACUGAGAACCACGAGCAAAUUGAGAAGCACAAGGCUGCAAGAUGUCGGGGCGGAGCGGGAAGAAGAAAAUGUCCAAGCUGUCCCGCUCGAGCAGGGCUGGGGUGAUUUUCCCUGUGGGGAGGAUGAUGCGCUACCUGAAGAAAGGGACCUACAAGUACCGGAUCGGGGUCGGAGCGCCGGUGUACAUGGCAGCUGUCAUAGAGUACCUCGCAGCCGAAAUCCUGGAGUUGGCAGGAAACGCAGCGCGGGACAACAAGAAAGGAAGGAUUGCCCCCAGACACAUCCUCCUGGCAGUUGCAAAUGAUGAGGAGCUGAAUCAGUUGCUCAAAGGUGUGACUAUUGCAAGUGGAGGUGUCCUGCCCAGAAUCCAGCCUGAGCUUCUAGCCAAGAAACGGGGUGCCAAAGGCAAGUCUGAGACCAUCCUUUCCCCUGCUCCUGAGAAGAAGGGGAGGAAAUCCAUGGUUACCAAAAAGAGUGGGAAGAAGGCAAAAUCUACCAAGGCCCGGACGUCCAAAAAGAACAAACAAAAGGACAAUGAAAAAGAAGGAGCUUCAAAUUCAACAACUGAAGAUGGACCUGGGGAUGGUUUCACUAUCUUGUCCUCCAAGAGCCUUGUGCCAGGACAGAAGCUUUCUCUGACACAGAGUGACAUCAGCCAUAUUGGCUCCAUGAAAGUAGAAGGCAUCGUUCACCCUACAACUGCUGAAAUAGACCUCAAGGAGGAAAUAGGCAAAGCACUGGAAAAGGCUGGAGGCAAAGAGUUUUUGGAAACAGUGAAAGAGCUUCGCAAAUCUCAAGGACCUUUGGAAGUUGCUGAAGCUGCACUCACUCAGUCUAGCGGCCUAGCAGCAAAGUUUGUCAUCCACUGUCACAUCCCACAGUGGGGCUCGGACAAGUGUGAAGAGCAGCUCGAGGAGACUGUCAAGAACUGCUUAACAGCUGCAGAAGACAAGAAGUUGAAGUCUGUGGCUUUCCCCCCAUUUCCCAGCGGCAGAAACUGCUUCCCAAAACAGACGGCAGCCCAGGUGACCCUCAGAGCCAUUUCCACCCAUUUUGACGGCACCAGCUCUUCCUCCUUGAAGAACAUUUACUUUCUGCUCUUCGACAGUGAAAGCAUUGGCAUCUACGUGCAAGAAAUGGCCAAGCUAGACACUAAGUAGCAACAGCAGCCAAAUGAAACUUUAUUUUUCAACAAACUUGAGUAGCAUUAAAAGCA